CGAAAACGACGACGCGACGACGACGCCUUACGCAACAAUUAUUAAUCGAAGUGAAAAUAGAGACAGUGCUUAUUUGGUCUUUAACAGAUUCGAUGAUGAUAAAUUUUAAUUGAUUAAAAAAAAAAGUUGUAUAUUUUUGAAAGUCAAUUUUAAUGAGAUAUUAGCGAAACAAUUAUUUAUUAUCUAAGCGCUGAUGUUUUUUUUCUGUUUUGAUUCUCAUGAUGUUGUGUGUUCUCGCAGAAGAGAGAGUAAAUGGACCUAAGAAAUAAGUUUACGUUGGCAUUUGUUGUGGUGACAUUAUUUUCAUUGGAUCCUAUUGAUGGUGACGGAUUGCGACUGCCGGAUCAACAAUCAACACCAAAUAUUCAUCCUUUACAACAGAUUCAUCUGCAGCAACAACAACAACAACAAAUACCUCAGCCACAACAACCUCAAGUUAUUAACAAUGGAGGAGUACCAAAUUUUGGCGAUGAACGUGGUAAUCGUCAAGGCAAAGGACUUCUGGACUUAUUUGGACUUGGAACUGGAGCAAAUGUUGAUCCUUAUGUAGCAAAAACAAAUCAAAAUUGUUUAACUGGUGAUUUAUCCGAGUGUUUCAAGACACACGCAUUAACUAGUUUUGAUGAAAUAUUCGCUCGAGAUGCAUAUUCACUUUCGGACUUUGCUCGUGUUGUAAGAACACCAGAAUCUCAACAAAGAUCACUUUUUGAUGAACCAUUUGAAUUUUCAUCGGAAUCUAGAGAAACUGAUAGUGAAUGGGAUCAAUUGGUCAAAUAUGCAAUGAGGAGAGCUGAAAGAUUCAUCAAAACGACGGCCUUAGAAGUUCAAGUUCCCGAAGAGCUAACCGAGGGUGGAAGAUAUCAGGCGCGUUUCAUUGGAGACAUUGACAGUGAAAUUGAUGUCAUUGAAGACAAGCAUGCCCCAUUACUAAAUCGCAAAAAGUUGAAGAAACUCUUCAUUCCCCUGCUUUUGGUUUUGAAGAUUUUCAAGUUGAAACUCCUGCUCUUCCUGCCUUUCAUCUUGGGCAUUGCUGGACUUAAGAAAAUACUUGGACUCGCUGCUGUUAUUUUACCCGGACUUUUUGCAUACUUUAAAUUUUGUCGCCCCCAAGGAUUAGGUGCCGGUGGAUUUGGUGGAAUAUUCAAUCAGAAAAACAAUUUCCCAGAAUACAGCCAACAAGGAAUCGGAUCGGCAAGCUACCAUCACCAUGAACACUUUGAUGGCGGUAAUCCAUUCUAUCGUCAGGAGCCGUCAUUUGCAAAACCCUACACAGAAUAUUACAGUAAAAAUACCAACACUAAUAAUGGCAUAAGCUUUGGUGAACCAACGCACCAUCAAGAUUUAGCAUAUCAAGGAUAUUCACAACAUCAGUACAGUAGAAGUAACAACAAGGACAUUAAGAGCACAAACUAGGGAUAAUUUAUUCAGUCUAUAUAUUUAUUCAUUUCAAUUUGCUGCCAUUGUUGUUCGUAAAGAAGUGGAAAGAGAUAAAUAUUUUAUUUUCUGUUUUCCAUUUUACGUUUAUUUAAGUUUGAUUAUUUAAAAUCUUAUGUUAACAAUUGUAUUUAUUAAAGAAUGUAUUAAAUGAGUUUUAAGAAGAA